AUGCCUGGAUUGAGUUUGCUGUUGCAGACGGAAAUAGCUAAAUUGUGUCCAAAGGAGAAAGCUUUUUGCAUAACAAAAGCUUUUCAGGGUCAAUGCUAUGGUAGCAGUGUCAAAGCAGAAACUUUGAAACGAACAUGUCCAUGCGCUUGUGACGUUGUUCAUUACGAUCGAAUUCAGUCAUGUUGCAAAACAGUCGGUCGACGAGAAAUGGAAUUUUGCUUGCCACUUUGUAGAUAUAAUACUACUUUAGAUGAGCUCAAUUCGGGUUUGGGCUAUAAAUGUGUCUCCCAGCUAACUACAUGGGCCUAUUGCGCCGCUGAUGUCGGCGAUAACACUGUUUGCUGCAAGAAAAAAGGUAUCGCCACAGAAUGUUUGAGUUUUUGCAAAGGUGAUGUGCCAACAUGCGAUUUACAAAGUCUUUUCACAUAUCAACCCUGCCUGAGAUAUAUCGAAACGAUCACUCAUUGUCAUAUGAAAAAUUUGCUCUCAGUACCACGAUGGAAUCCAAAUUGGGCAGCUCGUUGUGAUUGGGAUGAAAGUGAUUGA